UGUGUUUUCAGUUUUUUACGAUGAAACCAAACAUCAAUGUAUUGACUGUUCUACUGUUUCUUCUACUGAUCAACUUUUCCUCGAGUGCUCAUCCCACCGGGUGUUCCUAUGAUGGCACAUUAGCCUCAACUGGACUAUAUACUUGUGAUUUAGGAAGUUACACUGCACCUCUCGCCUACAGUUCUUUCUCCAGUCCUCUCCCACAGAGAUUGAAGAUCACUGGUGUAACAGGAACAUUUACCUCUCAAUUGUCAGGAUUCUCCAGCUUCUCUACUGGAUCCUUUGACGCCAAUUAUCCAGCAAGCCUCGAACUGGAAUGUUUGUCGUCUAAUUCGUUAACGUUAUCUAGUGUCUCCUUCACAGAUAUGGGCUAUCUCCAGGAAGUUAAAUUCAGUUUCUGUAACAUAGUAUCAUUGACUACCGGGAUGCUGUCUCCAUUUGGAACACUCAAUUCCUUACGAUUUGAAGGGGGUUCUAUUGCUUCAUAUUCAAAUAGCUUUCUAACUGGACUCAUAGUGGAACCCGUGUCAUCAACUCCAGAACCGAAAGGAGAGCUUGUAAUUAAAGAUUGUACGAUUACCCCGACGUCCAUACCAUCCGGGACAUUUGACGUUUUGACAACAGUGAAGUCCAUUCGUGUAGAGAACGCCGGUGUCACAGCUGUUGACAGUUCACUAUACAACCUGGCUGUGGCUGUAAAUGACGUAUCUCUGGCAGAUAACUCUAUAACCACUCUAGACAGUGGUAUAUUUAGCAGCCUGAAAGGACUAUCUGAUAUAAACCUUGACGGGAUACCGUAUGAUUGUACUUGUACCUCCCUAGCAUUUCUACACUCUUUGUCACAGAACUCUAUCCGCUCGGCUGGUCCCAUCUGUAAUACGCCAGCUGCCUAUCAAAACAAAAAAGCGACAAAAUACUAUGCAGACUCGUGUGAUCUAAGUGUCAGCUGUGCAGAUAUAGCCAUUGGAUCAACCUGUAUGACUGUGUAUGAGCUUGUUGGUAGUAUUCUAAGCUUUGUUACCCUAGUGUUAGCGGCAGUAGCACUGGUUAUCAUUUGCCACACCCGACGUCAGCUCAUGGCAGCAACCUCUAACCUGGAAAAGAACAGGAACAGUGGAUGGUCUAAAGCCAAGGAGGCUAUGGAUACUAAUAGAUCCAUCAAACCUCCAAUGAAAGGAUCACAGGCUGUACAUGGUUGGGGAUGAGAUCUAAGUGACAGCAUGGAUCCAUAGGUGUCAGUGGU